CACUAAACCAGCAAACUGGCUACCGCUACGGGAAAAAAGCAAAACAAAAAAAAAAUGGAAGAAGUAGUUGACGAAGAGGAAGAAGAAUACGUGGUUGAAAAGGUGUUGGAUCGGCGGGUUGUUAAAGGAAAAGUUGAAUAUCUUUUAAAGUGGAAAGGUUUUUCUGAUGAAGACAACACAUGGGAGCCUGAGGAGAACCUGGAUUGUCCAGAUCUGAUUGCCGAGUUCCUGCAGUCACAGAAAUCUGCACACGAGUCGGAGAGGUCGGAAGGAAAACGCAAAGCAGAUUCAGACAAUGAGCCUGUUGUGGGUGAAGAGAGCAAGCCCAAGAAGAAGAAAGAAGAGACCCCUGAUAAGCCCCGUGGAUUUGCUAGGGGCUUAGAGCCAGAAAGGAUCAUUGGAGCCACAGACUCAAGUGGAGAGUUAAUGUUCCUGAUGAAAUGGAAGAGCUCAGAUGAAGCCGAUCUUGUCCCAGCAAAGGAAGCUAAUGUGAAGUGUCCCCAAGUGGUGAUCUCGUUCUACGAGGAGCGGCUCACGUGGCAUUCUUACCCAUCAGAGGAUGAUGACAAAAAGGAAGACAAAAGCUAAAUGCCACAUACAGCUAUUACUACAACUGAUGGACCGAGGGGUCGUUCAUCAGCCUGGGGAGGGGGACGUGAGGAUGUCUGCAGGAUUCAGUAUUUCUUGCAUAGCUGAAGGUGUUUCAUGAGUGUAGCCCAGGAAACAAUGCACCCUGGACAUUUCUUCUCCGCUUCCCUUCUAGUGUUACAAACUCUGCAUUUUUUACUGAGUAGCAUGUUUUGUUUGGCUGUUAGUGAUGUUUGUUU